AUGGGCGCUGAGAAGAUGACAGAGAUUGAGCUGGAGCACAUGGAAGAGGUUGUCGGCAAGGUCAAGGCCGACGCCAAGCGCUCGGCCACCGACAAGGCAGCGGCUCUGGAAGAGGUGUCCAAGCUGGAGGCGCUUGUUGCGCAGCUGAAGCAGCAGCAGCCGCAGAGCAAGGGCCUGGGCGAAAGCACAGACAAGGCGUCGGCGGAGGCUGUGACUUCACUGCGCGCUGAGUGCGACGCAGCCAACAAGAAGGUGGAGAGCCUGCAGGGGGCGGAAGCUGCGCUGAAGUCGGCGCGGUCGGCGCUGGCGGCGCGCGACGAGAAGCUGCGGGGAAUGGCGCGGCAGCUGGAGGGAACGCGUGCAGAACUGGACCAGGCUCGGAAGGCCGCGCCAAAACAGGCACCGCAGCCGCCGCGCCUCAAGGCCGUCAAGGAAGAGGAGGAAUUCGUCGACGAAUCCCCCCGAGCCGCCAGGGGCCCGAGCGGCUUCUUGCAGGCAGAGCCAUCGCCGAUGGAGCCGGACCGGCGCAGCAGCAGCUUUGACGGCUGGCUCACCAGCGCUUCAGCCGCCACCACCGCCGGCCGCGCAUCCGACCCACAGUCCACGUCAGCCACAAGGGGAUCCGGUGCGGCAAGGUCGGGCAGUUCGGGGAUGAGUUCGCGUUCGCGACGCAGCAGCCGCACCGGCGCGAAGGACAAGGAAGUCGAGGCGCAGCUGAGCGCAGCCAAGCAGAAGCUGGAGGCGCACCUGGCCAGCCUUGGGGGACUGCAAGAUGACUCACCAGAGCCUGAACAGGACUCGGCCAGGGAAGUCACAGCGAGCCAUGUGGCUGAGGCUGAGGAGCUGAGGCAGCAGCUGCAGAUGGCGCAAGAUGAGCUGCACAAGCACCUGCAGGAAGCUCAGAUGAGGAAAGCUGAGGACGAAAGCAAGAUCGAGAGCUUGGAGGUUGCGCGGAGCUCGCUGGAGGAGAAGCUCCACCUGGCAGAGGCCAGGAAGAUGAAGCUGGAGCAGCGGGUCUCAGCCCUCACCAAGCAGAACGCUGCCCUCGCGCGAGCAGGCACUCAGGUGACAACCAAGGAGGGCUUGGAUGCUGUCAAGGCGCAGCUGAAGGGCUACACCCGGGGCAUGGAGGACGGCAAGGAGGAGGCGCAGGCGCAGAUAGAGGAGCUGGAGAAGGAGAAGAAGAAGCUGGAGCGGAAGCUGGCCGCCCUGACAGCCAAAUCAAGCGCGCUCAAGGAAGCCAAUGAGUCACAGGCAGUCACCCUCGACGGCCUGCAGGCUGUGAAGGAGCAGCUGAAGGGGUAUGAGAAGGGGUUUGCGGCCGGGGGCAAGACAAGCAAGAACAGGGAGGCGGACCUCUCCUGCGUGCAGGCCCAGCUCAAGGGCUACUCCGAGGGGCUGGAGGCCGGACAGGCUGAGGCUCGCGCGGAGAUCGCAGCGGUGCAGGCAGAGUCGGCAGAUGCGGAGGGGCGAGUGGCUGUGCUGGAGGACAAGAUAGAGGCGCUAGAAGCCGAGAACGCCCACCUGGAAUCAAUGAAGAAUGCGUUGGAGGGGUGGGUGCGCGGAAUGGAGGCAUGCAAGUCUGAGCAGGAGGGGCUCAAGAGGGAGAAGGAGGAGCAGCUGUAUGAAUCCCUGGAGGGUCUGAAAGCAGAAUUGGAUGCAUACAGAAGCAGAACCUCAAGCCUUGACGGGACGGUGGCGCAGCUGAGCGCUGAGCUGGAGCUCGAGAGGAGCCGCUCCGCCUCGCUGCACGCCGAGAAGGCCGCACUGCGCGGCCACCUGGCCGGCAUCGUGUCGCGCCUGCGCCCCGGCCAGCUUCCCGGCUCUAUAAACCCCGCCGGGGGCGCGCCGCCGCCGCCGGCAGCGGCCGCGGCCGCGGCGGCCGACCCACUUGCGGUGGCGGCCGCCGCGCUGCUCGCCGCUGACUCACUCGCUGAGUCACCUGCUGAGUCAUCUGCCGAGCUGCCGGGUCAACCACUCGGAGAGGUCGCCGUUGACGGCCGGCUAUCCCUGGACGCCUGGGGACGUAGCGCCACUCCCAGAAGCACUGCUGGGAGCUCUGAAGUCAAGCAACAUGACCAGGGAGCGAAGCAGGGGUCUAGCAGUGCGGAUGUGUCGGACGGGCUGAGCGUGCCGAUCACACCGGGCCGAGCAAACGAGCCGCCGGUGAAGGGCAAGGGUGAGGAAGGGGUGGUUGGGGCGGUGGGCAGGGGAGGCGAUGAAAGAGAGCAGCACCAUUUUGCGCCCAGCUGCAGCGCGGAGGAGGAUGCCCAUGUGGCCAAGAGGGGCCGUGCUGACUCAGCGGAGGACUGGACUUUUGCUUCAGCAAUGGAGCACUGA